UGCCUGCCAGGCAGAUUGAAACAUCAGCUACAGCUUCCAUCCUAAAGGCUAAAACCUCUGCCGUUCCGACGCUAUCCUAAUUCACAUUCAAAUACCUAAAAGAAACGAACAUGGCAGUUUCCCUGCAAUUCCCGGUGGCAUAUAUCCCCUCAAAAACCUCCGUCAGACCGCAACGGCCACAUUUCACUCACCCAAUAUCUUUCCUCCCUAAAGCCACAAACAUCAGAGCAUUCAGAAAGAAAGGGUCCGUCGUUGUUAAAGCCAUCGAAGAAAGCCAAGAAAGCACUAAGAAAUCAGAGGCAUCCAGUGACGCGGAAACUGAAACGGUUAAGAGUGCUGGUGAGUCGAGUGUGGAGUUGAGCGAGUUGGGAUCGGAGAUAAAGAAAGUUUUGCAGGAGAGGAAGGAGGAGAAGGAGGGAGAUUUGUUGAAUGGAGUUGCUGAGGAGAUUAGGGAGAUAGAGUGGCCGGCGUUUGGUAAAGUAUUGGGGACGACAGGUGUGGUGCUGGGAGUAAUUGCAGGGUCAAGUGUCGUUUUACUCACUGUGAACUUCGUUUUGGCUGAAUUGUCUGACCGGGUUUUCGCUGGUAGAGGCGUUCAGGAUUUCCUUGGAUAAUGGCCAAGAACCUGUAAGGCUGGUGAGUCGAAUGCUUGAAUUGUCCAAAUACUUUUUCUUAAUAAGUAAGCUAAAUUUGCAAAAUCGACAAAAA